AAACAGGGUUAAUUCUGCGUGUUAUUAUUCUUGUUCGUUGCCAUAUUUAUAAUUUCAGUAGAACCAUAGCGUUGCUGCUGCCAUCGGCAAACCAAUUGAAAUGAAUUUGAAUUCGUCACCAUGUUUUGUUAUGUUUCCUUGACCCAGUAUUGCCAAGGAGACCGCUAUAUUUUAUCACAUUUCUCUAAAGCGGCUUAUCGCACCUGGGACCUCAAACAUUUGUGCCACUUAAUUCUUAACGUUAGUCUCGAAUAUUUUCUCGCAUUGCUACUGUCGUGAAAAACCGACCUUGUGAUUUUAGGUGUCCCUAGGGCCCCGAUAUUUGGGUUUACGUAGAGCAGUUUACAUAAAGGCUGAAACACAAAUCAACGGUAUUCUGCAAAACUACUCUAGCUAUUCUGAGUACAUGUGUAAUUAAAAUAAAAGAAAAUCCGAAAUAAUGCUCGACACAAUAUAAUUAUGUGCCAUGUGGGGUGAUACGUAUAUUAUUCGACUGACAUGAAGAAUUUACAACGUCUAAUCUAAAUAUUUAAUGAGAGAUAUUUGCGACUAGAGACUUGGCAGCCCUGAUGGGCCAAGUGUCGCAACAAAGGCACGUCACGGCUGUUGGGCCCAAAAUAGCGUGGUUCUGUUCACUGCGACCAGUGUUGAGGGAAGCGCUCUACUGUUCACAAGGGGCUCGAAGCCAUGCCCCAAUACGAUGACGGCUUUCUGGAACUACCAGAACGAGGCUGGCGCCGAUACAAGGUUACGCAAGGUCACUCUACAAGACCCGUCACCCCGACGCUGCUCGCCGUGGCGACCCUCUGCGAUGACCGGGAAUCCGGCGAAGAAUCAGAAAGUAGCACCACACCGAACACAAAGCCACGUGGGGGAAAACUGGCACGGCGGGCCCGCUCUUUCAAGGAGGACUUCCUGGAGAUCUUGUCACAAAUGCGUUCUCCUGGUGGUGGAGGCGCACAGCGCUCUGGAUCACCCCACUCCCCCAAGACCCGCACUGGCCACAAGGUUGCAAGUAUUGAUACAGUCGAUGGAUCCACGGAGAAGAACCCCCUACGAGAUCUGGAUCUGCACGUGAAACAGGUGCAGUUUGCCCUGAAGCAUUUCCAUGAUGUGGUAACGAAGAAAAAGUUGGAAAUGUUACCGGGCAAUGGCACAAUAGUUCUGGAGACUGUGACAACAAUUCAUGGUGUGCUCAAAUCGUAUGUCCUCAAUGAACAGAGUUCCACACUGGUGUCUGCAACGAACAAGGUGUACCAGAGCCUUGCAAAGCUUAUUAAGCUGUGUGAUGAUGUGCUGCUGCAGGGGGAGAAGGCUCUGGACAAGGAGAAUGUCAGUGAGGUAAUCCAGCUGUUGGAGGAUGCUGUGCAGAAUCUUGUUUCACUAGCUCAAGAUCAGAUUGCAAACCGUGAGAGCAGCUGCAAGGCACUGAUCAACAACAAUCACCAUGCGAUGAUAACGGAUCGCACCUCCGCUUAUGCAGCAGAUCUUCCUCACCGCAGUUCUCUCCCCGACAUUCCCCUAACCCCACGCGAACGACAAAUCCUGGAGCAGACCUCUUCAUCUUUGUUGGACAGGCAUGGGCAUGGUUCAUUGCCACAUUCACAGAGCUCUGAAUCCAUACUGAAUGAAGUCAGUCCACCUCCCAAACCUCCACUUCCAGGAAGAACUCACCACAUAUCUGACAGUUGUGAUAUACCCUGUGGUGAGCCACCCCCACUGCCACCCAAGCGGCGUAACCGCCCACUACAUAAUCACCAAUCAGAGUUGCAGCAACUUCCAGGCGAGUUGGACACGUCAGCACAAGAGGACAGUGCUGCCAGCAUGACAGACACACUCAACAGUAGCAGCAAUACUAGUGGGGGAGGUCGAGUGUCCGGGCUCACAGCCAGCUUUGAUCGCAUCAGCCUGCGCAGCAAAUCCCCAGAGGACACCUCAUCACUAUUGAGUGCUUCUGCUGGCAGUUUAGACUCGGUGCUGAACCACUCCCGUGAGGAAGAGGAGAUACAGGUGCUGAUGGACCCAACAGAGGAAGCUGACAUCCUGACACAAAGUUCAGCCAUGAAUAUGAAUGGCAGUUCAUGUUGCUGCUGGGACAGUUCCUCAAGCACAACAUCCACUGAACAAAUGUCUGGUGUGGACAAAAAUCCAGCAUCUGUGUCUAUUCCCCUUGGUCAGCACCCGGACUUGCAACAGCUGGACUCAAGCAGAAAGUCACCUCUGUUCAGCACAGAUCUGCCCCCUAUUGCCCCUGGCACAGUCCUAGGGUUUGACACAUCACUCGGCAAGCUUUCUUUUUCACAUGCUGAAUCAGGAUUUGCAUCAAUGCAUUCUCUACGCAGUUCAAGUCACAGCUACACGUCAUCACAGCAGAUUAGUUCCCGUUCAUCACAGCAGAUUAGUUCCCGUUCCUCACAGCAGAGUGCGGUAUCAUACAAGAGCACCGAAUCAACUAGCAGCAAGUUUCGGCAGGUGCAGCACACCACUGCAGAGUCCAGUGUCACUAUGAUGCAUAUGCAGAAGACCAUCUCAUCUGAAACCCCCUCCCCCCACCACACAGAACACAGUGCUGACAGAGAUGUGGUCAGGGGCAUUUCUCCAGAUGGCGACAGUGUGCCGAACGUCCCACCUGCCUUGCCACAAAAGACACAGUCAAAGCAGAAAAAAGACAGGCAUUUGUCCACAUAUGACAAUGUUCCAUCAGAUGAGCUUCAUUCUAGUAGCCAUCAAGAACAGCACGUCCUGAGUUGCAGCAUGCACCAGUCACAGACCAUUCAACACAACAGUUGCCGAAGCCCAGAUGGAAAACCACCACCGCUACCACCAAAGAAGAAACACAUCAUGGCAUACAUGGAGAUAUUUGGUAACUGUGCACAUCCAAACACAAACGAGUUCUUGCGCCAUUCGGUGCAUACCUACAAUCUGCUGCAGGCUGAGUGGCAGCAGCAGGAGAUGUCACUGACAUCCACACAGUCAUGUUCCUUCUCCAUGGUCUCAUCUCAGAGUUCUGCGGUACUGCCAAGCAGUGUUGAUUUGUCAAGUUCCUCUCUGAAGGAGAUAUCUGGACUGCCUCCUGCUCUGCCACCAAAACGCAGUCGGACAUCCAGUGUAAAGUCGUCGGCAAGUCCUCCACCUACGUCACCUCCACCAAGGCCACAGCAGGAUUUGAACCCCAAGUUGAACCACUUUCUAAUAGAUGGGGACACAGAUCAGACAAGUCGGGAGGAGGUAAAGAAGCCAGCAGUUCAGAGGUUAGAAUUGAUUGCCCCUUCUGUCCUGGGGAACAACAGCACUCAAGCAAAACGAAGCGAAAUGGAGCUGACGGAUGAGAGCAACCCACUAGAACAUUUGGACAUCACAAAAUAUCUAGUCAUCAAAAAGCCUGACGAAGAGGGUCCUGACAUCCGUGGUGGUCAUCCUGAUGCGCUCAUCAUACAUGCCACCAAAGCAAACAAGAAUGAGGAGAACGAGACAGAUUUUCUGUACCAAGAGGCGUUCCUCACGACAUACCGCACAUUCCUCUCUCCACUGGAUUUGAUUCAGAAGCUGUGCCAUAGACAUGAACGGUUCAGCUGCUCGUCAGACAUGGUGAAGCAGCGGGCAGCCCGAGAAGCUUUCUCCCUUCUAGUCAGAGUAGUCAGUGACCUCACGAUGUCAGACCUGGACAACAUGCUGCUGCAGGCACUGAUGGACUUUGUGUACCAGCUGCUUUGUAGUGGAGACCUCACGAUGGCCAAGGCUCUACGUGUCAAGAUAAUAGAGAAAUGCAACACCAAGAGCUUGUACAGUGCUUCCAACAUGCUGCUACCAUCUCUUAACAUCUACACUCGGCAAGCCUCACUGCUGGACUUCAAGUCUGAACAGAUAGCCGAACAGAUGACACUGUUGGAUGCUGAACUCUUCAUGAAAAUUGAGAUUCCCGAGGUUCUGAUCUGGGCCCAGGAACAAAAUGAAGAGCGUAGUCCCAACCUGACGCGCUUCACAGAGCAUUUCAACAAGAUGUCCUAUUGGGCAAGGUCAAGGAUUCUGGAGCAGAAUGAAGCCAAGGACCGGGAGCGCUACGUGGUGAAGUUCAUUAAGAUCAUGAAACAUCUGCGUAAAAUUAACAACUUCAACUCGUAUCUGGCAUUACUCUCCGCACUUGAUUCAGCCCCAAUACGGCGUCUGGAGUGGCAGAAGCAGAUCACAGAGGGGCUCAAGGAAUACUGCGCUCUCAUCGACAGCUCAUCCAGUUUCCGAGCCUACAGACAGGCACUGGCAGAGACACAACCCCCCUGUAUACCUUACAUAGGCCUGGUGCUGCAAGACCUUACAUUCGUUCACAUUGGAAACAAUGACCUGCUGCCAGAGGGCUCCAUCAACUUCUCGAAACGCUGGCAGCAGUUUAACAUUGUUGAGAACAUGAAGAGGUUCAAGAAAGGAACAUACUCGUUCAAGAAGCAUGAGCGCAUUAUUGCCUUCUUCAACAACUUUGAUGAGUUCCUGUGUGAGGAGGCAAUGUGGCAGAUAUCGGAAUCCAUCAAGCCAAGGGGUGGGAAGAAGGCACAGUAGUGAUGGAAGUGAUAUUACUGAUAGGGGUUGGACAGGAAAACCGGGUCAUAAAUUUACACACUUGGAAAUGAGAUGGUGCUGAUGCCAUGGGACAAUCAUUCUGAAACAGUACUUUAAGUCUGAGCCUAGGGCUACAUACUAUGCAUUUUUAAAAAUUAAUAAUGUUUUGAGGAGAAACAUCUUGUGCCCAAGAAAAAAAGCAGAACAUAUCAAAAAUCAAAUAGUUUAAGGACUGUGUCAUCUUUUGAUAUGUAUUAUGAAUUAUAUCCAAUAGAACAUAAGCGUGUAAGUAUAAUCGAGAUUGGAUGAUGGCAGUUUUCAUUAGCAGGGUUGCUGUACUUGCAAAGAAAUAAUUUGCUCUUUUGCUGCAUAAUUUUUGGUAGUACAAACACCUUAGUUGUGUAAAAGUAUUUGAAAUGUUUUUUUAAAUUUAAUUUUUUAGACUACUUUCUGUGUUAACAUGAACUCUAAAGUUCAUAAUCUGCAAAUAAGUUUACUAAUAUAAUCCUCAGCAACAUAUAUAAUGGAAAAGAAGCCAUGGCUACAAGUUGGUACAACCUGAAAAACAAAGAUGUACCUGUGACAUCUUAUGGAAUUUUUUUUAAGAUUGCUGUCUUCUGGGUUGUUGCGCCAUGUAGUCUGGUAGAUGUCCACCAAGGGAAGGUUUACAUCUACCAGACUACAUGGCUCAAAAACCCAGAAGACAGCAAUCUUCAGACUCACCACUGUGAAAACUUCAAAUCCUAUGGAAUUUUGUUUAAUAUAGGCAAAAGCUUUCAUAUAUUAAGAACAGAUGUCCUAACCACCCAGCAAAAGACUGCUGUGUAAAUGCAAGAUCUGCAAGUCUGUGAAGUUUGAACUUGUAAUAAGGUCACAUCCAUCUUGCAUUACUGCACGCUCCUCAGUAAAAGAGUUAAAUGGAUAAUGAUUUCCAGUGUAACAUAAGAAUACAGUCAGUAUUUUCUUGGCUCCAAGUGUAUGUGAUACUAUGUCUCCCUGCAUUUGACUUAUUGAAAGACCAAAAAGUACUCCUUAAAUGAUAUGGAAAGGGCUUAUUUGAUCCAGUAUUAUGUUGGGACAGAUGCUGGAGUUUUGAAUUCCAUAAGCAUCUCACCACCAGAGUGGAAACCAUCCUCUGGAAGCACAUUUCAUUUUGUUGUACUGAAUAAGUCCACUCUUCUGCACAAUGAAUGAGUGCAACGAACACUCCGUGUGUCCAUGUAGGUAUCUGUAGUAACAUGCCAGUGUAUCCUGUAGGCCUAAUUUAUAGACUUUCAUUUUGAUGAUGAACUUUAUUUUUGUUAUACAUAUUGUUUUGAUUUCAGUAUUUUAUAUCACAUUGUAUGUUGCAAAGUUGGUAUUUAUCUAUUUUAUAUUCAUUUAAUUUUGAUCUGCAUGUAGAUGUGCCAUAUGUGUGUGUAUGUGUGUGCAUUUGUAGAUGCUUCUUCAUGUUAAACAGUUGGGUUCAUGUGGCUCAGAGUUUGAAGCAUAUCAGUAAAGCAGCUGUGGGAUGCCUGUACAUUCCAGCCGUUGAUUAUGUAUCUGUUAUAUUGCAUGUUCCUUAUGUGUACAAUAUUCUUGGCAUUAAUAAUAGGUAACUUUUAACUGCAGUGUCAACAUGUUCAUUACAUGUCCACAUUUUUUACCUUGUGAACUAGGGUUAGUAAUAUCAUGCACCGAAAUUGUUGUCACUGGUCGUCCAUUUUUUAUUUCCUCGAAGGUUACAUUGAUGCUACUUUCAAUGUUGGUGCAGUUAAGUACAGAAUUUCAGUGAGUACUUUCUGGCUUUAUUAUAUGUACAUAUGACCAUAAUAAUUUUUGUAAUAAGUGAAGGAGGCAAUGAUAGUUUGUAGAGGUCUUCUGUAAAUGUUAGUGAUCACAACUUUAUACAAUUUCUCACCCUUUUCCCUCCUGUUAUAAUAAAAUACACCAGGAAUCUGCUACAUGAUGUGAAAUGAGAUUGUAAUUUUAAGAAAGAAACAAAGGAUUAGUUUCUCUACUGUAGUAGUUAAAAUACAAGAUUUUGUUUUGUUACAAGUAAUUUAGUCAAUAGAAAUCUUGACCAUGCUUUUGACCAAUCCUGUCAGCCAUAAUGCAUGCAAGGAAGUAUAAGCAAAGCCUACAUAUUAUCUCUACACAUUGAAAGCUAAAGAGGUAGUAGUCAGCUUCAGGCAUAUCCCCCAGGACCUGUUAGACAGAAGACUGUCUGGAUUAGAGAGCCAAUCUGGACACAGUGGUGCCAGAAGCUGACGGUAAAGUAAAUAGUAGUAAACAGGAAAAUUAAACAAGUCAUGUUAUAAUCAGUUACUAUAGAUUCAAAUGAGGAGGAGGGAAGAUAGUGCAAUUACACAUGUAUGAAAUGUAUCCAUAUAGUGUUCAGGUGGAAUACCAUAAAUCAAUCCUAUCUUCCCAGUUCUGAUUUGUUCAAGCAAGAACUGUUUUAUUCUCAGUCUCCUGAUGCUUCAGUGUAUUUCUGAUGGAGACAUGUAUUGAACCUAACUGCGCAGAGGGGUGUCCAGUAUGUCUUAUUUGAUUUAAUAUUUCUUAUGGACAAUGUUAAUUUGCUGUAUAAAUGGUUGUACAAAAUAACUCUGUUUCUUAUGGUUAAGCAUCAAUUUUUCUUUGUUACUGUACAUUUUCAUUUGCAUCUUUUGCUGUAUAAUACUGUAUAAUAUAUUUUUGUAACUUAUUGUUGUGUAAUUACACUUUUGUUAUAUGAAGAAAUUUUUUGUAAUGCGUGCCAGAUGAAUAUACAAUGUAUGAACUGC